CUGCGAGACAUUGUGAGGUCUUCAAGUUUGCGCUGAAGGAGCUCGGGCGCCUUUAAUUUCAGCCGUGCGCCCCUUAGGAAGAUGGCGUCGGCACGAUUGCUUUCUGCACUACCUGCGCCUCGGCACCAGGACCCCUUUCUGGGCCCUACGCUUGGGGCGGGCGUGCAGAAUCUGUCUCGGGCGCUGGUUGCUCCAUCCAAGCAUAAGGAGCCGCCUGCGUAUGGCAGAAGGCAAGGAUUCGUACCCCGCAAAGUAGAGGACUUUGGGGAUGGGGGUGCGUUCCCUGAAAUCCACGUGGCUCAGUACCCCCUGGAUAUGGGCAGAAAGGAACAGAGGGGGGACAGCAAAACUCUACCUCUGAACGUUGAUAAGGACGGCAACAUAGCUUAUGAUGCAAUUGUGAAGCAGGGGCAGAACGCGUCCAAGGUAGUGCACACGCAGCACAGCGCUCUGGUGCCGAAGCUGCAUGAUGUCAGCGAGGCGGAGCUGCAGCGGCCGGAUGAGGAGCAGAUUGCAGAGGCGACCGAGAAGACGCGCGCAGCGCUCGAGAAGGUGGUCAACAAGAAGAUAUCGUCUGCAUCCAAUGUGCUCGGCGCUCCUAAGGCGAAGGAAGCGCCGACCUACAUCAAGUACACGCCGUCUCAGCAAGGAGCGGCGUUCAAUUCUGGGGCCAAGGAGCGCGUAAUUCGGAUGAUUGAGGCGCCUGUCGAUCCAUUGGAGCCUCCCAAGUUCAAGCACAAGAAGGUGCCAAAAGGCCCAGGGUCUCCUCCCGUCCCCGUCAUGCACUCGCCCCCAAGAGCAGUCACCGUGCGCGAUCAGCAGGAUUGGAAGAUUCCUCCCAGCAUCUCCAACUGGAAGAACCCUAAGGGGUACACGAUCCCGCUCGACAAGCGGCUGGCGGCGGACGGGCGCAGCCUGCAGGACGUGCAGAUCAACGACAACUUUGCAAAGCUGGCAGAGGCUCUGUACGUCGCCGAGCAGAAGGCGCGUGAGGCGGUUGAGAUGCGGUCCAAGAUUCAGCGGGAGCUGAUGCUGAAGGAAAAGGAGAAAAAGGAGCAGGAGUUGCGCGCGCUGGCGCAGCGGGCGCGCAUGGAGCGGGCCGGAGGGGUUGCGCCGAGGGCAGAGGAAGUCGGGGUUACCGAGAGAGCGGAAGCGGUGCCAGAGGCGGGUGAAACUAGAGAGGAGAGGGAGGAGCGGAUGCGGAGGGACGCAAUUCGGGAGGAACGGAAGCGGGACAGGGAGCGCGACCGCCGGCUUGACGCAAAGGAGGGCCACGGCGCCAAGAAGAGCAAGCUGACGCGCGACCGCGAGCGUGACAUCAGCGAGAAGGUGGCGCUCGGCCAGGCGAACGUCACGGGCGGCGGGGAGGUUAUGUACGACCAGCGGCUGUUCAACCAGGAGCAGGGCAUGGAGUCCGGUUUCGCUGCUGAGGAUCAGUAUAAUAUCUAUGACAAGGGGCUGUUUGCCGGCGAGCGGCCGAGCGUUAGCGGGCUGUUCCGCCCGAGCAAAAACGCAGACGAUGAGCUUUACGGGGGCGAAGGCGCGCUGGACAAGCUGGCAAACACGGAUAGGUUUAAGCCGGAUAGAGGCUUUGCGGGGGCAACGGAGAGUGCAGGGCCGCGGGAUAGGCCGGUUGAGUUUGAGGCGAACGAAGCGGAGGCUGAUCCAUUCGGGCUGGAUCAGUUCUUGACGGAGGUGCGCAAGGGCAAGAAGCUGGACAAGGACGUCAGGCCCCUGGAGGAUUUCCAGUUCGAUGAGUUCCUCCCGCCUGAGGAGGAAGAAGCGGUCGAAAAGUUGCGGAUGUGGGAGCGGCUCGGGCUGACGAAGCUGGCGCUCAGCGGUGCGGCCGCGGAGGUUGGCACGUGGACCACUGUGACUGCGACUCUGUCCACCGCAGUCAGGGUAUACUCCAAGGCCAAGUAA